AUGUCAGACCCCCAGCUCUACACCGUGGGCUGGAUCUGCGCUAUCGCCACUGAGUCUGUCGCAGCUCGAGCCUUCCUCGACGAAGAGCACGACGGACCUAGCCACGUCGCUCAGCACGACAACAACAGCUAUGUUCUCGGCAAAAUUGGCAGGCACAACAUCGCCAUCGCCGUCCUGCCGGAUGGAGAGUAUGGCACUACCUCGGCGGCGGUGGUAGCGCAGGGUCUCAUUCACAGCUUUCCAAACGUGCGCAUCGGGCUGAUGGUGGGCAUCGGGGGCGGCGCACCCAGCUCGAAGCAUGAUAUACGUCUUGGCGAUGUGGUUGUCAGCAGCCCUAAUAAUGGCAAGGGCGGCGUAUUCCAGUAUGACUUUGGCAAGACGAUUCAGAACGUCGCGUUCCAAGAAACGAGGCUCUUGGCCCACCCCCCGAUGAUAUUACAGACGGCUGUGAGCUCCCUCAAGAGCACCUACGAGCUACGGGGUCACCAUCUUGCAGACGAGGUAGAACGGGCCUUGAAGUGCAUCAAAAAGCGAAAGAAGUACGCACGACCUGCUCCAGCACGCGACAGAUUGUACAAGCCCGACGCUGUUCACCCGAUAACAUCCGACAGUUGCGACGAUACAUGCGAUGCAGCUUACCUGGUGGCUCGUGGCGACCGAGACGAGGAGAAUGACGAUCCCGCCAUACACUACGGUCUGAUCGCCAGCGGAAACCAGCUGAUGAAAGAUGCACGGAUCAGGGACAAGCUGGCAAUGGACAAAGGAGUCCUCUGCUUCGAGAUGGAGGCGGCCGGCCUGAUGAACCACUUUCCGUGUCUGAUAAUCCGUGGCAUAUGCGACUAUUCCGACUCGCACAAAAACAAGGAGUGGCAGGGGUUCUCCGCCAUGAUGGCGGCAGCAUACGCGCGGGACCUUCUGGGGCAGAUCCCGCCAAACAAGAUCGAGGCGGAAAGACCGAUUUCCGAGGCCCUCCAUGCUAUUGAACACAAAAUCGACAGGCUGCAGCAGACCACCGCGGCAACGAGCGCUGACCGACGUACCGAUAAGAUCGAGCGAUGGCUUCGCCCCCCCGAUCCGUCCACAAACGCCAACCAUGCGAGGAAGCUUCGCCAUGAGGGAACGGGCACGUGGCUUUUGGAACACCCAGUCUUCCAGGAGUUGUACUCAGGGUCGCGUCGACAUUUAUGGCUGCAUGGGCUCGCGGGAUGUGGCAAGACUGUCCUUAGUGCAACUGUGCUGGAUUAUCUCGCAAAGGGAAGCGGCCGUCUUAUCCUCAGCUUCUUCUUCGACUUUGGCGACAAUGCAAAGAAAACUGUAGACGGCAUGCUGCGGUCGCUUGUCUUCCAGCUUUAUCGAGGGGGGACUGAUUCUGCGCGUGUCCUCGACGCCUCAUUCCAAGCACAUGGAGAUGGCUGCGACCAGCCUUCGACGAAAGCGCUCUCAGAUGCUUUGUUCACGAUGCUCGCAGCUCAAGAGCAGGUUUUUAUCGUUCUGGACGCCUUAGACGAGUCGACAUCGAGAGAUGAGCUUCUCCGCUGGAUUAAGGACACAGUGUCUAGGCAAGGCCUUAGCCACGUCCAACUGAUAUGUACCAGUCGGCCUGAACGCGAAUUCCAGUUUAAUAUACCCUCCUUAAUGGGCGAAGAGAACAGCUUGGCACUCGAUAAGCAAUCCGUGAACGUCGACAUUCGAUCGUAUAUUACAGCACAGCUUUCAGAGCGGCGUGAUUUUCGGGACAAGUGCUUGUCCCCAGAAAUCCGCAACGAGAUACAGAGAAAGGUCGGAGACGGGGCCGACGGCAUAUAA